CUGGCCCAGUCCAAGUCACUUGAGUUUCUGACUCGGGCAAGUCACUUAUCUACCGGGCGCUACUAUACCUCUCCCGCUCACUUGUAUCGAUUGUUCUAUCUCCCAAAAUGUCGGACUCGACGAUAGUCUACUACGUGGACGAGGCCGCAGGUUCCGACACCGCCGGCACUGGUGCGCAGGAUGCACCUUAUCAAACGCUGGCAUACGCCCUCUUUGCACAUGGCCAGGACAGCAAAAUCCAAUACAGGAAAGACUCAACCGCGGCGUAUGACGAACCCACGAAAUCCGCGCUGAAGAAGGCGAAAAAGGACGCCGAUGGAAUCGAGAAAAAGAGGAAGAAGGCCGAGGAGCUGGCUGCACGCGCCGCCGCCGCUGGGAAGGAGGAGACGGAGCGCCGGGAACGGCUGCUCGAGGAAAGCAAGAAGAUCGUGCUGACGGAGGAUACGUCCCUUCCGCAGGCUGCCCGAGCGAAGCUCGACUCCCUGACGCCUCUGCGUGGACAGCGCGUACGGGUGUUCGGAUGGGUGCACCGUGUGCGCGACCAGAAGGGGAUUAUCUUCCUCAUCCUCCGCGACGGCACCGGAUAUCUUCAGACCGUUCUCUCGGGAAAAGUGGCACAAACCUACGAUGCCCUCACCCUCACACUCGAGUCUUCGGUGGAGCUUGUGGGUACACUACAGGCGGUGCCUGAGGGCAAGACAGCGCCAGGAGGCCAUGAACUUGUCGUCGAUUUCUGGCGUGUACUCGGCGCCGCACCCGGAGCUGAAGAUGCCUUCACCAACCGCCUCAACGAGAAAUCGGAUCCGUCUAUCCUCGCGGACCUCCGACAUCUCGUCCUCCGCGGCGAGACCGCGUCCUCCGUCCUUCGCCUCCGCGCACACCUCCUCACAGCCUUCCGCGCCUCCCUCCGGAGCCACUCUCUGCUCGAAGUCACCCCGCCAUGUCUGGUGCAGACGCAGGUAGAAGGUGGCGCGACACUCUUCAAGCUCGACUACUACGGCCAACCCGCGUUCUUGACUCAAUCCAGUCAGCUGUACCUCGAGACGUGCCUCCCGAGUCUCGGGGACGUGUUCUGCGUCCAGGAGAGCUUCCGAGCGGAGAACAGCCAUACGCGCCGACAUCUGAGCGAGUACACGCAUUUAGAGGCCGAGCUCGCGUUCAUCACGUUCGACGACCUGAUGGCUCACAUUGAGGCGAUCAUUUGCGAAACUGUAGACAGGCUUCUGCAAGAUCCUGUGUCGGCCGCGUUGAUCAAGCAGCUCAACCCCAAAUUCGCGGCCCCCUCCCGCCCCUUCCUGCGCAUGCCCUACGUCGACGCCAUCAAAUGGUUGAACGAACACGGGAUACAGCACCCCGAGGAAGAUGCGGACGGCAAUGUCGUGCUGAAGGAAGACGGCACGCCGAAGAUGGUCGACCAUGCCGUUGGCGACGACAUCGCCGAGGCGGCCGAGCGGCAGAUGACGGACAUACUCGGCGUGCCGAUGUUCCUGUACGGGUUCCCGAAGGAGCUCAAGGCGUUCUACAUGAAGAAGAUGUCAAAGAAGGAAGGAGAGGACGGCCCUGUGUUCACAGAGAGCUGUGACUUGUUGAUGCCGGGCGUCGGAGAGAUCGUUGGUGGGUCCAUGAGGAUAGCGGAUGCAGAAGAGCUUCUUGCGGCAUACAAGCACGAAGGUAUAGACCCCGAGCCGUACUACUGGUUCACCGACCAGCGCAAGUACGGCACCUGCGAACACGGCGGUUACGGUCUGGGUGUUGAGCGUUUCCUCGCGUGGCUCGCCGACAGGUACACCGUCCGCGAAUGCAGUCUGUACCCCAGGUGGCCAGGCCGUGCGACGCCUUAAAUUCCGUAUGCCGAUCGGGUGCGGGCUGAUCAUCGCCUGUGUGCGAGCGUCGUAGUGUGUGAUCUAGAUUCCGACCGUUGUUUUGGGAGUAUUUGGGUCGAGGUCGUCAUGUCCAAAGCCGCUACUUAUGUCGCGGUGUGCCUUUGUGUUUGUGCCUUCUACAUACCGUUAUACUCCGCAUCCAUAUUAUUUAUUUGCCCUGUCCGACCGAACUACAGUACUUACUGCAAGUUCUAACCUCGCUGCGGUCGACAAUGACGUCGCCGACCCGUCUCGCUCACGUGGUCUUGAACUAUACUUCUGUCCUUGGUCGCCGCCAUCGUCCCCGCACAUGCCGUUACAUUGAUCAAUGC